AUGGCCAUACUGCAUUCCUGCUGCUUGUGGCGAAGCGUUCGUCGAGGAAGUUUUGCGAGCGUCAUCUACACAUUGAUUUAUUUCAGCAUAUCCUGCAUAACGAUGUCGCUGUUUCUGCACGAGGAACGCCGGUAUCUGCGGGGCGAGGUCGACAAACCGAUCGGGGAAAGCUUCCUGGAACGAGACACCAUCUCGGGCGUGACGGUCAAAUUUAAUGUGCUGCUGCUCGUCUUCGCCACCCUGGGAGUGCUUUCGUCCGUGCUCGUUUUAAUCGGAUUAAAAAUGAACAACCGUGGCCUUCUGUUGCCAUGGAUUGGGGUCAUGAUAGCGGAUCUGUUGGUGGAGUGUGCACAUUUUGUCUAUCUUAUUGCCAUAGAAACGCUUAAAUUUGAACCAUUAACGGCAAUGCUGUUUACCAUUGAUUUUUUCAUCAUGUGUCUUAAUAUUUACUGUUUGCUGUGCGUGAUAUCGCAGUACCAGGAAUAUAAAGCAGGGCGCGGACAGGCCGAUGACGAUUCGUACACUUGCCCCUCCAACAUCCAGUACAGUCCACCAGCGCCCACCUGCCUACCGCAGGCCAAAACGACGACACUCAGCCCGGUGAUCUGUCCACACUCCAACUGCACCCUCAUCCCGGAGGAAACGCAGAUCAAUGGAACGUUCGUGGGAAGUGUAGCAUCGUCCCCGCUGAGAGUAUUGCCCACGGCACGUCCACCCAGAAGCUCGCUGCUAAAGAAGCACGUCAAGUUUUCGGCCGGGGAUAAGCCGAAGGGUUGCUGUACGGGGAUCAUUCAUCCGGAGAAUAUCAUCAAAGACGGUACCAAACCGAACGGUCACAUGAUGGUGUCGAUUGAGGCACUACCCGAAUACAGCGAGGAUAAGCUUUCCUGGCACGAGCAGAAACUGACGAACGUGAAUCAACUGUAUCCAAGCAUCAAAGGCCACGAGAAUCAGCACCACCAGGCUGAACACUAA